AGCUGACCGCUGACGGUCGAGUGCGUGUUCCCAGUGGCCUGUGGAGAGCAAACAAAUACAUAAUGUGUUCGGUCCGGAGGUUGAUCAUCGUCGUCACCGUUAGCAUAGGAGUGGCCACCGCAGUGUCAGCCGCCGAUACGUGCCCCGUGUAUCUGACCGUGUCGGCCUUGUCGCGCACUAUGGAGGAUGCACCACUUGUGAUCAACUGGGGCCCGGGGUGUGAGACACCACCCGACUGGAUCGGGUUGUACACGGAGAAUCCGGCCCUCUCGGAUGCACCACCGGUCGCGAAGGUGCUGGUCAACGGGGAGCGCAGCGGACAGAUCGUGACGGAGGUGAAGUUUGGCCGCCACAAGCUACCGGGCGGUUGGAGCCACGAGCAAGUCCUACAGCGAAUCCCGAAACGGAAAACGAAACCGAUCUGUUUCGAUCUGUAUCUCACGAGCUACGGCCAGGACGGGCAGCUGCAGUACUUCGACUGUCUCAAGAUACAACCGACCUGGAUGUUCACCGAGGGUGGCCUAAGCAACGUGACGCUCAAGGACCUCUUUCUGCCGGGCACACAUUGCUCCGGGUGCUACCAGACGCGCGCCAACGUGGGCAACGUGUUCCUCAAGAAGAUUGGCUUCCGGCAGAACCUGGACAUCUGGAGCCAGCUCGUGUUCGGCGUGCGGUAUCUCGAUUUCUCCAUCGGCUACUAUCGCUCCCACAACGGAACGCGCAAUUUCUGGAUCAUGAACGAGCAUUUCCGCGUGGCCUCGCUCGUCCCCAUCCUGCAGGACAUCCGCCGGUUUGUGAUCCUCUCGGAGGAAACGGUGUUCAUGGACUUCCGGCGCUUCCCGCUCGGGUUCCACAACAAUCCCGAGCAGCACGCCGCGUUGCUGGCCCUGCUCGAGCAGGAGCUGGGCGAUCUGGUGUACCGGCGGCGAUCCGACGCGGUGGAGCAGGACAUCGCCGACGGCACGCUGCCGGAUGGUGAGUCGUACAAUCUCACCAUCGGCGAGAUGCGGCGAGAGGGAAAGUACAUACUCAUCACCUACAAUCACGAGGCCAGUCUGAAUGACUCGGACAUCAUCUGGAAACCGUGGAAGAAGCAUUCCAGCGCGUUCCUGAAGCACACGGAGCUGGCCGAGUUCAUGCAGAAUCUCUUCUCGCAGAAGCAUCCGGAUUCGCCGAAAGGCAUCGGCUGGAGUCUGCACGGCGUCCAAGGGCUUCAGGGUAGCUACAACGAGGGUGACGCGUCCUUCAUGAUGCCCAACGAGCGGGCCACCGUCGUCAACCCGAAGCUAAUGCACCUGCUGGGGGGUCCGUGGAGUUUGCGUGCCAACGCCGUCCUGCUGGAUUACUUCCCCAACACGAACCUAAUCGAUAUGGCCAUCCACACGAACCGUUACAAAACGCUACGGAAUGCCGCGAGCGAAGCGGUAGUACUCGACAUCCAGUAAACCCGCGCACACUGGACUGCAAUCGAAUAGAAGAUGUAGGUUUAAGAGAGAGAGAGCGUUUCAUCACGGCUUUUGUGUAGUUCAUCAGUUUUGUCCUCGCCCCAUCGCAACCAUAUAUCAUCAUUAAGCUGCACGUCAUUUUUA